AUGGCCUGCUCGGCGGGCGCUACGGCCGUGUCGAUCGCACACGCGUUGAUGCAGCGGCCUGGCUACUUCAUCAGCUCCCCCGCGUGCCCCAAGGGAGGCCCUACCGUGUCCAUGCCAAAGAACGGCGCGUGGAACGGCGCACCCGGCCGUAGUGCGGUGCUGUACACGGCUCCUAUGGACCCGCCCAACCCGUAUGCGGAGAGGGACAACGACGUUCACCUCGACUGCUCGGCAUACCAGCCGCUCCCCGGACAAGACAACGAGGGGAAUGCCUCGCCUAACGAAGCCUACGGAGGGGAUCCGUACAGUUUCAUCAUGCCCGAUGGCCCUCCGGGCUCCCCGGAGGACGGGACGGCCGCGCCGGUCCUGUGGAACCUGGUUGGCGACACGCCCGACACGGUCGCUGCAGGCCCGGUGCCCGAGUUCCAGGCGGCCGUCACCCCGUCAGUCGACCUCGACGUCAAGGUGACGCCCGAGGCUCGCCUGGGGAUCCAGAUUCGCGUCGGCUCGUCGUUCGGCCUCACGCUGGUGAACAAGCAGAUGAUCGGCUACGGCAUCUAUCUGCUGCAUAACAUUGGCUGCGGGGGCUAG